AUGGCCAUCCUGGAUGAAUGCUGGAUGGACCAUUCGCCUUUGGAUGAAGAGGACGGUAGGGUGAAGAAAACAUCGAUGACCCCAUGUGGCCCUGUGAGUCUGGGGAAAACUUCCGCAAAAAGAGUGCCAACUUCCUUACUGGACAACGAUGUCUUCCUGAACACUACAGGCGAACCCCUGUUCGACCCUCAGUCCAUCAGACAUCCCAGAUCCUCCGAAUGGUCGCUGCCCGACCACCUGGCACAGAUCGUGCAUUACUGGGCCUCUGGACUGGGAAGUGCCCUGGAGAUUAAGAAAAAUAUCCAAAAUAUUGCACGAACAAAGUUAGAAAAUGCUGAUUUUCUCACAAUGUCAUUCUAA